UAUUGGAAAAUCGUGUCGAGAAGUUUGUGCACGUUCAUGCAAAAGAAGGACUUGGACAGAGCAGGAAGAUGCCCAUAUGUCAGCUGUGACCAUCAUGCUCCAGAUAUGUGUGACCUUCUGUUUGCUGUCAUCUGUCUUCUCCCAGUCAACGUCUACCUUACCCAAGAAGGGUCGAAACUUCACCAUCCACUCCUCUCAACUGGUCUGCAGUUUGCCAGGCCCAGCAGGGCCACCAGGGAACCCAGGCCCUGGAUCACCAGGGGCCAUGGGUCCUAUGGGGCCCCCUGGGAAGGACGGCCUAGAUGGGAAGGAUGGAGAGAGGGGUGAAAAGGGAAAUGGAGGUGAUCCAGGGAGGACGGGGAACCAAGGUAAACCAGGUGUGAAAGGGCGUGAGGGUGUCAUUGGCAAGGCGGGGCCUCGGGGACUGAGGGUCAGGGGGUCACCAGGGAUCACUGGAAAAAAAGGACAAAAAGGAGAGUUAGGGGACGUGGGCGAGCAAGGAGAACCUGGAGGCUGUAACUGUGCCGGUGCAGCCCGAGCAGCCUUCUCUGUGGCCAUGACAAAGAGCUACCCAAAAGAGCGACUGCCCAUCCGCUUCAGCAGGAUCCUGCUGAACGAGGGGAAUCAUUACAACGUCAGCAGUGGGAAAUUUGUUUGUGCCAUCCCGGGGGUGUAUUAUUUCACUUAUGACAUCACUCUGGCUAAUAAACACCUGGCCAUAGGGCUGGUCCAUAAUGGACAGUACAAGAUCAAGACUUUUGAUGCAAAUACAGGGAACCAUGAUGUGGCAUCUGGUUCUACUGUCCUCCACCUGGAGCAGUCAGACCAGGUGUGGCUGCAGAUCUUCUACUCUGAGCAGAAUGGACUUUUCUUUGACCCUUUCUGGACGGACAGCACCUUCACUGGUUUUCUUAUCUACCCCGACCAGGAAUAUCUCAAUGAGUCUGACAGAAAAGCUAAUGCUCAGGGUGACAGUUAAAAUCCUCCUCCAGAUAGGUGUUUGUUUUAGACCAGUAAUUGGCUAAACAUUAAAUCUAAAUGAGAAACCGAUUUUUUGUUUUAAGUCUGCCCCACUUGGGUAGACCAGUGUAUUUCAGAUGUUUCUAAAUGUUGACACCAGAGGGCGCAAAAGGAGAAAAAAAAACAGCCACAGUUUGGAAACCUUUGAAAUUAUUUGACAUGAGAAGUUGGCUGAAGAAUCCUUCAGAGUGCUUUGUUGCGGACAGUUUUAAUAUGCUGUAUUGUUUUUAACUAUACUAUGCAAAGACAAUAGGCUACAGUUGAUAAUGACAUUAAACCUGCCCACUCAGUC